GAUAGUUUAAGUUUAACUACCACUCAGUUUAGUCGCUUAAACUGAAAAAGAACCACUACUAGUGUAAAAAAAAACAAUUUAAUUAAUUUUAAGGAUUUAAAUAAAAACAAAUAAUUAAAUAAAAUGAAGCAAUUUGUAGUGUGUGCCAUUGUUGCAGCUUUGUGUAUUUCCAGCGCAAGCGCUGCUUUUGAAUGUCCCAAACCCAAUGGACAAUUCGAACAUGAAGUACAAUGUGAUAAAUACUAUGAAUGUGAUGAUGGUGUAGCCAAGGAGAAAUUAUGUCCCGAUGGUUUGGUAUUCGAUCCCUUGAACCGUAAAAUCAACAAAUGUGAUCAACCCUUCAAUGUAGACUGUGGUGAUCGUGUUGAAUUGCAGGAACCCAAAUCCACUAAAUUCUGUCCACGUAAAAAUGGUUUCUUUGCCCAUCCCGAUGAAAGUGUUUGCGAUAUCUUCUACAAUUGCAUUGAUGGUGAUGCCUUGGAAAUGAAAUGUACCGUUGGUUUGCAUUUCGAUGAAUACAGUGGCACCUGUGUCUGGCCCGAUACUGCUAAACGUGAAAACUGUGGUGUUGUUGUUAAGAAAUCUAACAGUGGUUUCGAAUGCCCCAAGGAUCAACCUAAGACCGAUAAACGCGGUCAAGUUGUCACUCAUCCCAGAUAUCCUCAUCCUACCGAUUGCCAAAAGUUCUAUGUCUGCUUGAACGGUGAAGAUCCUCGUGAUUUGGGUUGUCAAACCGGUGAAGUCUACAAUGACGAAACUGAAAUGUGUGAUGCUCCCGAAAAUGUUCCCGGUUGUGAAGACUGGUACAAAGAUGUUGAUGAAAAGAAAAACUAAAUUAAGUGAUUACUUUUCACCACACACAUACACACACGCGCACACACAUUUACUCUCUUAUAGAAGAGUUUUAAGCUGUUUAUUAAUAUUUUUUUAACAAAUUCUAGUAGUCAUUUAGGUUAUUCCUAUAGUUUAUAAUUGUUUAAAGAAGCGGAAAGUGAAAAAAAACAUUAUUAUUGUUUAUAUUGCUAUUCAAAACUCAUUUAGGUUGUUUUCAAUCUUCUAUUGAAAAUAUUUUAAUUGUUUUUUAUAAUGUCAUAAUUUUUUUUCUAAUUGUAAACUAAAUUCAAUCAAAUUUGAUUGAAUUGUGCUCUGACUGAUUAAGAUGUUUUACGUAAAAGUCGAAGCUGGUGUUAACAUUUGUUUUGAAACUUUUGUAAAUAUUUAAAACAAACAAAAAAAUAUGUAUCAUUAAACUAUUUAAAAUUAA